UCUCGGCAAUCCUAAUCUUGCAUAUAAUUCCUAUUUCUUUCUUUAUAUUUUUUUUUUGGAAAAUAGGCAGCGGCUUCUGGUAUAGGAGUGUUGAUCUUAAUUUGCUUUUUUGAAACCCUAAUAUUCCCUGAGAAAUUUUAAUCUCUUGACAAGUUGUUUGUCUUCUCCCCUAGUUUCGAUUAAUUAAUUUUCUGAGGCUGCAAUUUGAGUUGUUCUAGCUUCGAUCGAAACUGCGGCGCUUGGACACCGUAGUUUGCCGAUACCAUUGUUAACAACUGUGGCUUAUCUGAGAUCUCGAUAGAAAUGGUUGGAGGUGGAAGCCGAAGGGACGAUGGCCCCAUUGGGAUAAAUAGUACUAAUGUUUUUGCCGCUCUCGAAAGCCUACGCAGAAAGAAGAAAUCAGACAAGGAUCAUGGAUCUUCAAAGAGCAAGGGAUCUUCAAAAAGCCAAGCAAAGGAACCGGAGCAGCAGGUUUUCUGGCAACCUACGCCGCUUACCGUGAAAUCUUGGGCUGACGUUGAUGAUGAUGACGAUUAUUACGCAACAACUGCUCCACCUCAAUCUGCCUGGGGCACAUCGGAACAACAGCAGAAUAAGGAGAGUUCUACCCCUUUAGAGGAAAGUGAAAGUGAAGAAGAUGGUCUUGAUGAAGGUGAUGAUGAUGUUGAGGAAGAGCAUGAACAUGAACCUGAGGUUCCAGUGCCACCAGAGCCAGUGGUGAAAAAGCCCCCCCAGGCUUCUUUGCCACCAAAGGAUACAGAAAGGCAGCUGUCGAAGAAGGAACUCAAGAAAAAGGAGCUUGCAGAACUCGAAGCUGUUUUGGCCGAGUUCGGAAUGAACAAUAAAGAGACCACUGGCGCAGAUGAAUCACAUGGUACUGCACAUGAGAAGAAAGCCGAGGAACUCAAUGGGGAUGUGGAGAAGAAGGAGAGUGCUCCUUCGGAGAGCAAGAAUGCGAAGAAGAAGAAAAAGAAGGAUAAGUCUUCCAAGGAGGUUAAAGAACAACAGGACCAGCCUAAUGGUUCAGAGGUCAAUGGAGGGCUGGAUGAAACUGCUGGGACCGAAAAUGCAGAAGAGGAUGCAUCAGCCAUUGAUGUAAAAGAGCGUCUAAAGAAGGUUGUGUCUAUGAAGAAGAAAAAAUCUAAUAAAGAGAUGGAUGCUGCAGCCAAAGCUGCCGCUGUCGAGGCUGCUGCAAGGAGUGCAAAGCUUGCUGCAGCAAAGAAGAAAGAAAAGAAUCACUAUAACCAACAGCCAGUGCGGUAAACCUCCCUUUUUUGGAUGCGAGCAUGCAUGUAAUUGCCUUGUUUCAUUCGUUAAAAUGCGAAAUAAACAUCAGAUGACCUUGACAGCAUAGCACACUGGUUUUACUUGAAAAAUAUCCAUUUUGGCUCUUUAGAUCUUGCCAAUGCCCAGGUGUCGACAUAUUGUUUCAGACAUUUUUCUUUUAUUAAAUAUCUUUCUUGGAUGUUACUU